AUGAUUCAUCAAGAGAAACAAGAGUUGAAAAUGGAGAUUGAAGAAGUUUGUGAAGCACAAGCACUUCCAUUGCUCUCAUUGAAUCAUGUCUCUCUUAUGUGUAGAUCAGUGUGGGACUCUAUGAAGUUUUAUGAAGAUGUUUUGGGCUUUGUCCCCAUCAAAAGACCAUCUUCUUUCAAAUUUACUGGAGCAUGGUUCUAUAAUUAUGGUAUUGGAAUACAUUUGAUUCAGAAUCCAGAUGUUGAUGAAUUUGAUACAUAUGUCAAUGAGUCAAGGCCUAUUAAUCCCAAGGAUAACCAUAUCUCAUUCCAGUGUACGGAUGUUGAACUUGUUAAGAAGAGAUUAGAAGAAAGGGGAAUGAGAUAUGUUACAGCAUUGGUAGAGGAUGAAGGAAACAAGGUGGACCAAGUGUUCUUCCAUGACCCUGAUGGAUACAUGAUUGAGCUUUGUAACUGUGAGAACAUUCCAAUCAUUCCCAUUUCUUCUUGCUCUGCCUCUUUCAAGCCUAGAAGCCAUAGCUUUAAGAAGAGUCCUUCUAAGUGUGGAUUCAUAGAGAAUGUUAUGAUGGAAAACUUGAGCUUGGACAUGAUGAACUUUGCCUUUUAA